CUUUUGCAACGAUAAUACUCCAUGGACAGGAGAAAAAAGCUUCACAUAGCAAUGUUCCCAUGGCUAGCUUAUGGCCAUAUAAUGCCAUUUCUCGAGGUUUCCAAAUUCUUAGCUCAGAAGGGUCAUCGGAUAUCCUAUAUUUCCACCCCUAAAAACAUCGGCCGCCUCCCUAAACUUGCCCCGCAUCUCUCAUCCAACAUAAGUUUCGUCGAGUUAUCUCUUCUCCAUGUGAAUGGCUUACCUUCAGGAGCUGAGUCCACAUCCGAGCUACCAAUCGACAAAGUCCCUUACCUUAAAAAGGCGUAUGACCAGCUCCGAGCCCCUUUAACCGAAUUCCUCAAGAACUCGAACGUCAACUGGAUCAUCCAUGACUUUGCGCCUUACUGGUUACCGGAGAUUACCGCACCACUCGGCAUCAACUCGGUUUUCUUCAGCAUAUUCAAUCCCACUUUUCUUGUUCACUUGGGUCCGCCAUCAGUUUUGCUAGGUGAUGUUCGGAAGUGGCCAGAAGACUUUACCGUCGUCCCCGAGUGGAUAGAUUAUCCUUGCAACGUGGCAUGGAAGCUACAUGAGAUGGUGAACCACCAACAGUGCAUGGACGAUGUAUCUGAUCUUCAACGGUUGGGAGUAUUGGUUCAAGGCUGUCAAUUUGUAACUGCGCGUACCUGCUACGAAUUCGAAUCAGACGAGAUUAAUUUGCUUAGUAAACUUUACCAAAAGCCUGUUGUUCCACUAGGGUUGCUGCCUCCAUCACUUCCAUAUAGCGAAGACGAAAGCGAUGAUGAGUGGGAGGCUAUAAAAAGUUGGCUUGAUACCAAAGGGGAGAAAUCAGUUUUCUAUAUCGCCCUUGGUAGUGAAGUGAAUCUAAGUGAAGAGUCCAUGCGCCGGUUGGCAUUUGGGAUAGAGAAAUCCAAUUUGCCCUUCAUUUGGGUUGUAAGGAAGGUCCCAAUGGGUGAAGGGCAGAAGGAUAAGCAUCAAGACAUAAUCCCUCCAGGGUUCGAAGAACGAGUGUCUAACAGGGGGUUGGUGUUGAGGGAUUGGGCACCUCAGUUGCGGAUAUUAGCUCACUCUUCCAUCGGCGGUUUCUUGACUCACUGUGGUUGGAGUUCAAUAAUCGAGGCACUCAAGUACGGUCGGGCUCUGAUCUUGUUUUCUGGGGCAAGUUCGGACCAGGGCUUGAACGCUAGGUUGAUGCAUGGGAGGAAGGUUGGGUUAGAAAUAAUGAGGAAUGAAGUGGACGGUUCAUUUACAAGCGACUCGGUGGCUGCUACGAUCAGGCAGGUGAUGGUGGAACCAGAAGGAGCGGCGAUUAGGGCCAAUGCAUGGGCAAUGAGAGUGGUUUUCGGCAAUGAAGAGUUGAGUAAGACUUAUUUAGAUGGAUUCACUCGGUUCAUCGAAGAGUUUGCACCUUCAGCUUCCCACAGCCACGUUUAAGUUAUCGGCAGAGAUUUAAAAUAUUAUCGUGAUCAUAUUUUACAUUGCACUAUGUUUAUCACAAUUAUUUUAAUAAUAAACGUUAUUAUAUAUUUGGCGAGUAAAA